GCGGGGCCUCUUCCUCGCAUCGACGAUCUUCUUGAGUGAUUGGGCGGCGCAAAGUAUUUUUCUAAGUUGGAUUUGAAGUCGGGAUAUCAUUAAAUCUUGAUCCGGAUGAACGAUCACUACAAAUCCACAUUCAAGACGGGGUACGGGCAUCUCGAGUGCGUGGUCAUGCCUUUUGGCCUCACCAACGCCCCGGCGACCUUUCAAGCGGCAAUGACCAACGAGUUCCGUGCAAUGUUGGACCGGUUCGUGUUGGUCUACUUAGACGAUAUUCUCGUCUAUAGUCGGACAUUCGAGGAUCAUCUUGGCCAUCUUCGACGAGUGUUGGAGACGCUCCGCCCAGCCAAGUACAAGGCCAACCCCGACAAGUGCGAAUUUGUCCGGCAAGAGCUGGAAUACUUGGGCCAUUUUGUCACACCGGAGGGCAUCAGUCCGCUAUCGGACAAGAUUCAAACCAUCCAAGAGUGGUCGGAGCCUCCGAACGUCACGGAUGUCCGUUCGUUCCUUGGCCUCGCUGGCUACUAUCAGCAUUUCAUCAAAGGCUACUCGAAGAUCGCGACCCACUUGACCAAGCUACAAUGCGAGGAUCGGCCGUUUGACUUCGGAGAGGAGGCGCGGGAAUCAUUUUUGGCUCUCAAAGCCGCGCUAUUAUCUGCGGAGGUCCUGCUCAUAUAUGACCCGCUUUUGCCUACGCGCUUCACUACGGAUGCGUCCGGCUAUGGCAUUGGUGCCGUCCUCGAGCAACAUGAUGGUGUGGACUGGCACCUGGUGGAGUAUUUCAGCAAGAAAGUGCCCGUCGUGCAUUCCAUUAACGAUGCAUGCAAGAAGGAGCUCCUCGCCUUCGUCCACCCGCUCAAGCGGUGGUGGCACUUCCUCCUUGGUCGAAGCCAAUUCCGAUGGGUAACGGACAACAAUCCGUUUGUCUUCUAUAAGACCCAAGACACCGUCAACAACACCAUCGCUCGAUGGAUGGCUUUCAUCGACCAAUUCGACUUCUUUCCCGAUCACAUUCCCGGGAAGUCGAACCGUUUUGCGAACGCUCUUUCACGGUGUCCGUAUCAUUGUACCGCGGUCUACUCAACCUUCGAGAUCGACGACGAUAUGCGGAACAGCUUCAUCCGCGGCUACCAAUCCGACCCCGAGUUUCGCGACAAAUACGCGAAUUGCUCCUCUCCUAAUUCGGCGCCUUCUCACUACCGGAUCCAAGAGGGGUACUUGCUUGUCCACACRCGGGGGAAGGACCUUCUUUGCGUACCGAGUGAUCCGCACUUGUGACGAACCAGCUUCCGGACCUGCGCCAUCUUUCAGACCCCUUCCCUCCCCGUAUUUUCUCUGCAUCUAGAUGUGUCUUGAUCGGCCUCCGAGAACGUCGCCCCCCCUCCCUCUGUUUUUGUUCGAUUUUAAGGUACUUCGUUGAAAUCUGUAUAGAAGUUUUUGAAAUUCUGUCAUUUCUUUUAAUUUGAAAAUGCAUGGGAAUUUCGCGCGCAUUAGUGAGCGCGCUCGGAAUUUGGCUCGACAGUUAGGAAUUCCGGAAUCAACGGAACGCGGCGCG